CAUGAAUCAGACGGACAAAAACCAACAAGACAUUCCUUCAUAUCUCAUUGAUGAGCCACCAGAAGGUUCAAUGAAAGACCAUCCACAGCAACAGCCUGGCAUGCUGUCCCGUAUGACUGGUGGCAUCUUCAAUGUGACGAAAGGAGCCGUUGGUGCCACCAUUGGUGGCGUGGCUUGGAUUGGAGGGAAGAGUCUGGAGGUGACCAAAACAGCUGUUACCGCAGUGCCUUCCAUGGGCCUAGGGCUGGUCAAAGGAGGGGUGUCUGCUGUGGCUGGUGGUGUCACAGCUGUCGGGUCUGCUGUUGUAAACAAAGUGCCCUUAACAGGAAAAAAGAAAGAUAAGUCUGACUGAGAGAGAGAGAGAGGCAGAGAAGAUGACCCUUGCUGUCCACAGCACUACAAUGCCAGUGGCCUUGAACUGCCAGGAUGGGGACUACAACAAAGCCACUUUUUUUGGAUGUUCCUUUUCUAAAGUGCUGUGUUGGAAGUACCGAUGACUUACUUUCAUCUGAAAAAAAGAAGAUGCCGAGUCUCUCACAGUUUGUGAAGGUUCAUCAAACUUUGAUUCCAGAUUUUUAACUGGUGAAAUGUUACACUCGUUCAGUAGUAACUGAAGACUAGCAAUUUGACCUGUUAAACAGGAGGAGCUCAUUUCAAGAAACUAAGGACAUUAGACCUGGAGGCAUCUGUCGUUUGUGAUUGGAUAGCUCAAAUAACCCAACUUGUUGAGUGGGCAUUUGGAAGAAUGAAGAAGCAGAACUUGUGUGGCCCACCUGAAUGACUGAGACAAUAAUGUUAAAGUGGUGUGCAGUAAAUGUUGACAUCAUGGAUCUAGGAUGGAGGGACUUGACAGCUGAAAAAGAACUGCUUAACUGAAUGAAGGUUUAAUACAAAAGGCGAUGGGAAAGAGAACUCAGAUGUGAAUAGAUGAGGAAAGCACUCGGAUCUGCAAAAGAUGAAAUGUUUCAUAAAGACAUAAGAAA